GCUGGCGUUCUCUGAGGACUGGGUUGAGAAACACUGCUCUAAUGCAAUAUUGGAGACACUAUAGGCGAUACCGGACACUUAAUUUUAUACAAUACAAAGAUUCGUGCAUUUAUUUUAAAAUGUUUAAUGAAUUAGUCAUUUCAAUUUUACUAUUACAUAAUAGAAAUCUUAUGUGGUCACAUAUAAAGCUUCGUACCUGUGAAGGUACUAUGUAUCUUUCAGGUUAAAUAUAUAAAUACGUGAACGAUGUAUUUCUUAAUAAUUUAGGGUACUUCCAGGACCUUAGCAGUCCUCUUAGUUACUUUCCCGCCACCAAUAUUCCUUAAGCACAACCCCCCCAGAGUUCAGUGGGCGUUUAAUCUGGCGCCCGCGAAAUGCAGCCAGCCAAUCAUCACUAAGCUGGGAUCCGUUUAGUCAAUCACUAAAGCAGGUCUAUGGGUGGGAUGGGCCUACGGAGGAAGCAGACGUGAAGUUUGCCGCGAAAUUUUCUGCGAGGAAGUUGCGGGAAAGUCAUUGUCUGAGUUUAUCCGGAGAGUUUGUGUAUGUUUAUAUUAAUUUUAUAUAUUCUUAUACGACGGGUAGUUAUUACGUGUGUUAGUAAACAUAAAGUUCGUAAUCCAGAGGACGACUUGUUGAAAUAACAGUAGUCCUGCGAAGCUUUUUUGUAUCAAUUGUGACUACAGACAGGCUUGCGCUUCGGUAGUCGACAUAACAGUAACGACAAAGUUUAUUGAUUAUUUAACUAUUUGAUAGUAAAUAGGUGAAAGUGGUGCAGGAUGUCUGGUUUUGAUGACCCAGGAGUAUUCUUUAGUGACAGCUUUGGCGGUCCAGAAGGACCGGCAGACGACGGAGUAAAGAGAAGCCAAAUUAAAAAAAGAUUCAAGGAGUUUCUAAGACAGUUUCGAGUCGGCACUGAUCGAACGGGGUUCACCUAUAAAUACCGAGAUGAACUCAAACGGCAUUACACGUUGGGAGAAUAUUGGGUGGAGGUGGAAAUGGAGGACUUGGCCAGCUUCGACGAGGAGUUGUCCGACUGUCUCUACAAGCUCCCUUCAGAAAACCUCCCCCUGCUUGAGGAGGCGGCGCAGGACGUGGCAGACGAGGUCACCAGGCCGCGGCCCGUCGGAGAAGAGCAGGUACAGGACAUCCAGGUCAUGCUGAAGAGCGAUGCCCACGCAGCCUCCAUCCGAAACCUCAAGUCGGAUCAGGUGUCCAGGCUGGUCAAGGUCCCAGGGAUCGUAAUCUCCACCACGGCGGUGCGAGCCAAGGCCACCAAGGUGUGCCUGCAGUGCCGGGGGUGUCGCUCGGUCAUCAGCAACAUCCCUCUGCCGCCGGGGCUCCAGGGCUAUGCCCUGCCUCGCAAGUGCAACGCCGAGCAGGCCGGCAGGGUGAAGUGCCCCGUGGACCCCUAUUUCAUCCUCCCAGACCGCUGCGUGUGCAUCGACUUCCAGAUGCUGCGGCUGCAGGAGUCGCCCGACGCCGUGCCUCACGGGGAAAUGCCCCGACACCUGCAGCUCUACUGCGACAGGUACCUGUGUGACCGUGUGGUGCCUGGAAACAGGGUGACCGUUAUGGGCAUCUACUCCAUCAAGAAAGGGGCUCCGGCCAAGACCCAGCGGCGCGGCCGGGACAGAGCCGCCGGCGUUGGCAUCCGCUCAUCCUACUUGCGUGUCGUGGGCAUCCAGGUGGACACUGAAGGAGCAGGCCGGGGUGGCUCGGGGUCCGUGACCCCGGAGGAGGAGGAGCAGCUGCGGACGCUGGCCGCCUCACCCUCAGUGUACCAGGCGCUGGCUCGGUCCCUGGCUCCGUCCAUCUACGGCAGCGACGACCUGAAGAAGGCCAUCGCGUGCCUGCUGUUCGGCGGCUCCAGGAAGAGGCUGCCAGAUGGCCUGACCCGGAGGGGGGACAUCAACUUGUUGAUGCUCGGGGACCCAGGGACAGCCAAGUCCCAGCUGCUGAAGUUCGUGGAGAGGUGCUCCCCCAUUGGGGUGAGUCUGCCUGUCGCUGAUACUGAAAGUUGCAUCACCAGUUCUGUAACAUCCUGCGUGUUUCAGAUGAGGGAGGAUGAUAGAGUUGCAAUCCAUGAAGCCAUGGAGCAACAGACCAUCUCCAUUGCCAAGGCUGGCAUCACCACCACUCUGAACUCGCGCUGCUCAGUCCUAGCGGCUGCCAACUCGGUCUUCGGCCGCUGGGACGACACCAAGGGGGAGGACAACAUCGACUUCAUGCCCACCAUCCUGUCCCGUUUCGACAUGAUCUUCAUCGUCAAGGACCAGCAUGACCAGCAGAGGGACAUGAACCUGGCCCGUCACGUGAUGAAUGUUCACUUGAGCGCUCAGACCCAGACGGAGGGCAUGGAGGGGGAGAUCUCACUGGCCACGCUGAAGAAGUACAUCGCGUAUGCCAGAGUGAAAUGCGGCCCCCGCCUGUCUGUGGCGGCCGCUGAGAAGCUGAAGAACAGGUACGUGGUGAUGAGGAGCGGCGCGAGGGAGCACGAGCGAGAGAGCGACAGACGGGCAUCCAUUCCCAUCACCGUCAGGCAGCUGGAGGCCGUCGUAAGGAUCGCAGAGUCGCUGGCGAAGAUGAAGCUGCAGGCUGUAGCUGGGGAAGAAGAGGUAGACGAGGCCCUGCGUCUGUUCCAGGUGUCAACACUGGAUGCUGCUCUGUCAGGCAGCCUCUCAGGUGUUGAGGGCUUCACGACACAGGAGGACCAGGAGAUGAUCUCGCGCAUCGAGAAGCAGCUGAAGCGCCGCUUCGCCAUCGGCUCGCAGGUGUCCGAGCACAGUAUCAUCCAGGAUUUCACCAAGCAGAAGUACCCGGAGCAGGCUAUCUACAAGGUCCUGCAGCUGAUGAUGAGGAGAGGCGAGCUUCAGCAUCGCCUCCAGAGGAAGGUGCUCUACAGAGUCAAGUAGAGGAAGAGUCUCGCUGUCGCUGGAGGCUGCAAGGCGAGAGGGCGGGCCAUGAAACCCAUUAUUAUGGCUCCUCUUUAGUGACAGUCUGGUGUCUUUCAAAAUGCCUGAACAAUAUGCAGGAAAAUGUCAUUUUGUUGUCACCACAGAGGAGCUGGUGGUCAUUGCCAGUUCAUACCCUAAAGCUGCUGUAUAGUCUUCCCCCCUUUGUUCUCUUUAACUGCACCCCCACCCUUUGUUGUACUGGAAAAAAAGAAUGAGUCUCUUUAUGAAGUUGCUGUGCUGUUUGUGGUAUUAAAAUGUAUAAAUAAA